UUGGCACCUUGCCGCAAACAAUGUCGAGAGCUCUUUGUCUCCGGCGUUCAAUCCACCACCUCCUCAACCGCCGUGCCUCUCAAACCCAUUUCCACCGCCUUCCCCGACAAAGCCGCCGAUCCUUCCAAACCAUCACUACCCAUCAAACCCUAUUCGCACAUUCUCAACCUCCUCCCCCGCGUCGGCUUCGUCCGAUACACAGCUCUCGUGCUCUUCUGCGGAGCCGCCACUUACCUCUCAUUCCCCUUCUCGGAGAACGCCAAGCACAAGAAAACCCAGCUCCUUAGGUACGCCCCAUUGCCCGAGGAUCUCCACACCAACAUUUAA